ACAGCUUCUGCUUGCGCGAGUAGUGGUACAAGGCUGUUGGCGGAGAAGACACCAAAAUAUGUCAUGUCCCCUAAAUUCCCAUCCAAUUAUGAAAGUAAUUUAAAUUGUCUAUGGAAUGUGGAACCAGCUGUUAUUGAGAGAGAUACCCAUUAAGUAUUUGAGUUUCGGUCCCAAUAUCUGGAGUUGGGGUUUGAUAGCUGCACUGAUUUUGUGAAGAUAAAUGAUCUGAAUGACUUUUGUGAGCAGGAGGAAGACACCAUAUUGCAGUCUUCAUCUCCUAUUCAAUUGGCUGGCGUAACAGCGAACGUGCGUUUCAUAACUGACUUUGGCUAUUCUGGUAGCGGAUUUGUCUUGGCCUUUUACAUUAAAAAAAAAGCAAUGCCGUAUUCUUGUCAGCAUGGAGGUACUUGCAUUAAUUCAACAUGUGUAUGUUCCCGUGGUUAUAAAGGAAGCAGCUGUGAAAACGAAUCUUUAGAAAUUCUGUACUUAAGAAGUAGCAAGGCAGUGUUCCGUGAAGGAAAUGAAGUAUUGUUUGAAUCGGAGAUAACAGACAACUCAAACUUUACUGUCCAAUGGUCUCGCGAUGGAGUUAUAAUAAGUGGUAUUUUGUCAAGAUACUCUAUCACUUCUUCUGCAAAGGCCAAUGGUACAUUUCUACAUCAGCUAAGGAUAUCAAGUGUUUAUGAAAGGGAUGAAGGAAAUUGGAGUAUAAUGGCUUCCAACGGGGUGACAGUGGUGAACAAGGGUAUCAUCAUACGAGUGCUACCAAAACUGGUGCUGCUGAUGAUACCACAAUAUGAUCUCUCAAUUGAAACCAAAGAAAAUUUCACCCUUCAAUGUGUUGUGGUGAACCCUGGAUCCCUGAUUAAUUUGACAAGUGGAAGUCUUAUCUGGGUAAAAGAUGGGAAGCCUUUAUUGACAGGUUCUAUAUUCACCAUUAGUACAACACAAACUUCGACAAUUUUAAAUAAAGCCUCAGCAGAGAUCAGUGAUUCUGGAAAUUAUUUUUGUUUACAUUCCACCUACCCUGACCCAUUAAAUGUUUCCAUUUACGUAAAUAUCAUAGGACCAGAAUCUGUGGAGAUACUAUUGUUCAGAAUUAGUGAUUCAAUAUCACGAGAGGGGAAAUCUGUUUGGCUUGAAACAGAGAUAUAUGAAAUAAUCGACCUUACUGUUCAGUGGUUUCACAAUGGGAACUUGAUAACCAACUCUUCAUUGAGAUAUGAAAUAAAAUCAUAUACAACCGAAAAUGACACAUUACGCAAUGUGCUCAACGUACCAAAUGUUCUACAACAGGAUGAUGGAGAUUGGAAUAUCACGGCAUCAAAUGGUAAAACAACAGAAAGUAUGAGUGUUUACUUACGAGUACUUCCAAGGCUUGUGCUGCAGAUGAUGCCUCCAAAUAAUAUUUCAGUUGAAAGCAAGAAAUCGAUAAACCUUUCAUGCGUUGUUACCAAUCCUGAAUCCUUAUUUAAUUUGUCUGGCGGUGGUUUAUUCUGGCAAAAAGACGGCAAGAAAAUAUCACCAGAUUCUGGAUUCAAUAUAACUACAACAGACACAUCCACAACUUUAAUGAAGUCAUCAGCAGAAGUUGACGAUUCCGGAACUUACUUGUGUGCUCACUCUUCCUAUCCGGAACCUAUUUAUGUCUCCAUCUAUAUAAAUAUCACGGAACCAAUUCAGCCAGGGUUUUCGCUACAGAUGAUACCCCUCGGCGACUUUUCACUUAAAUGCAAGGAAGACAUCAACCUACGAUGCACUGUCAAAUAUUCCAAGUUUCUGAUCAGUUUAAUUGGGGGAAGUUUUAUUGGGCAGAAGAAUGGAAAGAAAAUUUUAUCUGGUUCUGGGUACAAUGUGACCUCGGGAAAGAUGUUCACAACUCUGAGGAAACCCUCAGCGGUGCUGGAAGAUUCUGGAACUUACGCAUGCUCACACACAGCUUCUCCGGAAUCAGUGCAGGUGACCGUUUAUGUUAAUGUCACUAACUCAGUACUUCCAAGGCUUGUGCUGCAGAUGAUGCCUCCAAAUAAUCUUUCAAUUGAAAGUAAGGAAUCAAUCAACCUUUUGUGCGUUGUUACCAAUCCUGAAUCCUUAUUUAAUUUGUCUGGCGGUGGUUUAUUCUGGCAGAAAGACGGCAAGAAAAUAUCACCUGAUUCUGGAUUCAAUAUAACGACAACAGACACGUCCACAACUUUGAAUAAAUUAUCAGCAGAAGAAGGCGAUACCGGAACCUACUCGUGUUCUCACUCUGCCUAUCCCGACCCAAUCAAUGUUUCCUUAUAUAUAAAUGUCACAGAACCAAAGUCAGUAGAAAUAUUAUCCUUCAAAAGUAGCAGUUCUGUAUUACGGGAGGGAAAAUCAUUGAGAUUUGAGUCGGAAAUAGCGUUUGAUCCUGCCCUCAUUGUUCAGUGGUUUCACAAUGGAAAAUUAAUUAACAACUCAUCAAAAUAUACGAUCACUUCCUCCAUAACAAGUAAUGGUACAUCGGUCCAUGUGCUUCAGAUCUUCAAUGUCUUGCUGCAAGAUGAAGGUGAAUGGAAUAUAACGGCAUCGAAUGGGAAGACAAGUGAAACAAAGAGUAUCAGAAUACAAGUUUUAGAAAAGCUGAAGCUACAGAUGACACCACAGUACGAUUUUUCGAUUCAAAGGGGAGAAGGCAUUGUUCUCGGAUGUGUCGUCAUCAAUCCUGGAUCCCUGCAAAAUUUGAUCGGUGGAAGUUUAAUCUGGCAGAAAGAUGGACAGAAAAUCUUAUCAGGAUUCCAUAUCAAUACAACGAAUACAAGUACACAACUAAGGAAGUCAUCAUCAGAGAUAGAUGAUUCUGGAAGUUAUUCGUGCUCACACUCUGCCUAUCCCGACCCAAUUAAUGUUUCCAUUAAUGUUAAUGUUACUGAGCCAGAGCCAAUAGAAAUACUGUCCCUGAAAAUCAACAAGCCCUUAUUGAUUGAGGGUGAAGCAGCUUGGUUCGAAUCUGAGAUAAUGAACAAAUCUGGUCUGAUUGUACAGUGGUCUCACAAUGGAAAUCUAAUAACUGAUGCUUUAUCCCGAUUUACUCUGACAUCCUCUACUACAGCCAAUAAGACAUCGCUUUAUGUUCUUAACAUAUCAAGCGUGGUCUUGCAGGACGAAGGUGAAUGGAAUAUAACAGCAACAAAUGGGCUGUCGACAGCAAGCAGAGGUAUAAAAGUGCAAGUUUUCCCACGAAUUUCGCUUAGUCUGACACCAAAAGAUGAUUUGUCGAUUCAAACUGGAGAAGUUAUCCAGCUACAGUGUGAAGCUUUAUACACCGAUACACCAGCUUACUCUACUGGCAUAAAACUAAACUGGAAGAAAGAUGGGAAAGAUAUUUCAUCAGAUCCGAGCUUUAGUGUAAGUGAGGCAGGCACGACUACAACUUUAUAUAAGUCAUCAGCAGAACUGACUGACUCUGGACGAUAUUCCUGCUCACAUUCAGCUUAUUCAAACCCCGAAGAUGUUUCUGUGUAUAUAAAUGUAACACUAUCAGAUAAAGAUAAACCAUGUCCUUGCCAACAUGGAGGGACUUGUAUAAAUUCUACAUGCGUUUGUCCAGUUGGAUAUCAGGGCAGAUAUUGUGAGGAUGAAUAUCUAGAAAUCCUAUCCUAUAAGAGUAGCAACUCAGUAAUACGUGAAGAAAAGUCAGUAUGGUUCCAAGCAGAGAUAGUUGGUCCUGUUGGUUUCAGUGUCCAAUGGUCUCGUAAUGGAGAUUUAAUAAGCAGUACAGCAUCAAGAUAUGUGAUGACGUCGUCCAAAACAGCAAAUGGCAAAACGCUUCAUGUCCUAACUAUUACAAAUGUUUUACAAAGGGAUGAAGGAUAUUGGACAGUGGAAGCAUUAACAAGUUCGAAAACUGAAGCCAGGAAUUUAACAGUAAAAGUACUUCCAAGACUUUUGCUGCAGUUGGCACCACAAUAUGAUUUCUCAAUUAAAACUGGAGAGAGUAUAAAUCUUCGAUGUGUUGUCAUAAAUCCUAAAUCCCUGACUGGUUUAUCAGAUGGAAAUUUAGUCUGGAAGAAAGAUGGCGUUUAUAUAUUAUCGGAUUUUGGAUUCAACAUAAGCACAACAAACGUAUCUUCUACAUUGGAGAAAGAAUUGGCGUAUCUUGGUGAUGCAGGACGCUUUUCGUGUUCCCACUCUACCUAUCCAGAUCCAGUAUCUGUUUCUAUAGCUAUUUCCGUCACAAAACCAGAACAAAUCAGAUGUGCAGAUGACAAGAUUGAAAAGAUAAUGUGGAAAUCUACGAUUGCUGGAACAACUAAAAAGGAGUCAUGUCCUGAAAACCAGAAAGGAACUGCGACCAGAUAUUGUAAUUUUCAAGGUUUUUGGGAAUCCCCCGAUCUCAUCAACUGUACUGAUGUCUCUUUGGUAAAUGCCAAUGAAGAGUUGGAUAGUAUAAUUGCUGAUGGCACAACUAAGAAUGUAGAUGAGGCUGUGAACAACACGUUAGUGAAGAUGAAGAAUCUGACGUCACAAAGAAGUGAACUGAGUGCCGGGGAUAUUAGCUCCUCUCUUGACAUCCUAGAAAAGAUUGUCAACGUCACAAAUAUGACGAGUGCCAACGUAGAGAAGGAGGCCUUCUUUGCGGUUGUCGACAAUGUUUUGUCAACAAACAAUUCCAAAUCUUGGACUGCUGUCAGCGACAAGACUGAAAAGGAUGCUAGCUCCCUUUUAAAGAAUAUGGACCGAAUGAGUGAAGUUGUUUUAAAGAAGGAAAACAUAACAACCUCAAAAUUCAAAGGGAAAAAUUUUGAGGUGUCUGUUGAUAAAACAAAGGUAGAUGAAAAAGGAAUUGUCUUUCCUGAAAAAACUGAGAAAACACCAAAUGAUACUACUACUGAUACGGAAGAAUAUUCCACAUUUCUUGAAUUGCCGAAGCAAACAAAUAAAAUUGAAAAACCAAUUACAUAUGUGGCUGUUAUAUACAAGACGAUAUCUGACAUUUUACCCACAGAUUCAGGUUCACGAACAGAAGAAAAUUCAAACGAAGUGAAGGAAGGUAAAGAGAAGAAAAAGAAAGAAUUCGUUAACUCUGAAAUCCUGUCGCUAACUACUCAGACAGAUCUGGGCAUUCUAUCCCCGCCUCUUAAUCUGGCCUUCCAGCACAAACAUGAGAACGAAAGUGCUGACCUUCAAGCAGUUUGUGUGUCAUGGGACUUCAUCACAAAUAAAUGGUCCGAAGAAGGAUGCAAAGUAAAUUCUACUAAUAACAAGAGGACAGUUUGCCAGUGUAACCAUCUGACUAAUUUUGCCAUCCUGAUGAGACCUUACACGCCUGUAAGAAUAUAAAUAAUUA